UCAACUUUACAAAGUAGGAACACCUGAACCAAUAAAAAAAAGUAAAUAAAUAUUUAAAUAUUAAAUUGAUAAAAUGUGACUCAAACAUUUUUAAAGCAAUUACUACUAAAUAUUGUUUUGAUCGUUGUAGUUCCAACGGACAAAUGUUCCCAUUCUUUAGUCUAGUUGUUGAUAGGUAAUUGCGUAUCAACAAUUCAUGAGUUAUUCAGCGUUGUAAUACAAGAGUAGAUUGCUCCUAUCCAAGUAGUAUGACUUUCUUGAAGUAUAAUAUUUAUUAAGCAAUUGCUACUUAAAUUGUUUCGAUCGUCGUAGUCCGAAGCUGACAAGUGUUUCCGUUCUUCUAUCUAGUUGUUGACUGUGUAUUAGCAAUUCAUAACUUUUUUGAUGUAGAAAAUUUCUCAAGUAAUUACUAUUAAACAUUAUUUUGAUCGUCGUGGUUCCAAAUUGACAAAUGUUUCUAUUCUUCUGUCUACUUGUUGAGUGUGUGUCAAAAAUUCAUAAGUUAUUAAUUGCUAAAAUCCAAGAAAAGAUUCCUCCAACCAAAGAAUUAUAACUUUGUUGAAUUGGAUUCUUCUAUCAAAAAAACCUUAUUAGAAAAAUCACUCCUUUUUUGUUACUCCCAAUCCUCUCUUCUUUCGUUACCACAAAUUCUCUCUUAUUUCGUCAUUCCAAUUGUCUUUUCAAUGGUUAAUGGUAUUGCUCAACAAAACUUUUCAGCUUUCUGUUGAAAAAGGUAGUGAUUUCCAUCUACGUUGGACCAAUAGCGCUGAUUUUUUUUCCUUGUUUUGAUUUUUAUGAUAUCUUUCAAUUGAUCAAAAUGACAUUCAUGUUUUUUAGGUCAAUGGGUGUUAGAAGUGUUUGAAAAUCCAUAAUAUUUUUUAUGAUUCUUGGAACUUGCUUUUCUGCUGUGUUUUGUUAAUAGCAGUGUUGUGAAUGGCGAGCGCCUCAUCGCCAAAGGCGAGAAGCGAGGCCUUCUCGCCAUUCCACACUGAGGCGAGGCGACAUACAAAAGGCGACCCAUGGCGACAAAAAUGGCGCCGCCUCUUUCGAUCUCUUCUCCCCGACUCCUCUUCCAAAAUUUGCCGGUCGCGUUCUUCUCCUGUUCUCCAUCAUCUUCGAGUUGCUGCUGCAAUGAGGACCUGAGGCAUAAACAUUGAAUUGAUUGAAUUCACUAACCAAUGGUGGAUGCUAGCAAAAAGAGGGAUAUUGAAUGAAAUUAUGGUACUCAAGGAGCAACGAAAAAUUCAAUUAAUUGCAACUUUUGUGGGAGUACUUUUAAUGGUGGAAUAACUCAACACAAGCAAUAUUUAGUGGGUGGUUUCAAGAAUGUUAAACAAUGUACCGCUUGUCCGUCGGAGAUUAGAGAAUAAGUAAGGGCUUAUAUGCAAAAUAAGAUUUCUAAUAAUCCCAAAUUUCAAGUGAGGCAACCGGAAGAAUAUAUUGAUAUUGAUGAUCUUGAUGAAAUGGAUGAUUAUGUGGAAAUGAUGCCUCCCUCCAAAACUCAAAAAAUAUCUUCUAGUGGAAAUGCAUCAUCCACCGCACGGAAUGCGACGAAAGGCCCUGUGAAUUUCUAUUUUUCAUAGAAAUCAACACAAAAAGGAGGUUUUGAAAAAGGAGGAGGAAUUGAUGAAACAAAAAAAAUUCUAAGAGAGCGUGCGAUAAAUGCUUUUGCAAUUUGGAUGUAUGAUGCGAGCUCCCUUUUAAUUGUGUCAAUCACAAAUCAUUCGAUAAAUUUAUUGAGGCGGUAGGACAACAUGGCCCCGGAAUGAAGUCUUCUACAUUUUAUGAAGUUAGAGUAACUCACCUAAAAAAAGAGGUCGAAAAAGUAGAAAAAAUAGUUGAUGAGUAUAAAGUGCAAUGGACAAAGUUUGGAUGUUCCAUUAUGAUGGACAAAUGGACCAUGCAAAAUGGUAAAAUGAUCAUCAAUAUUUUGGUGAAUUCUCCAAUUGGUAGUGUAUUUCUUGGUUUUGUUGAUGCUAGCAAUGAAUCUACCGAUUCCACCAAAAUAUAAAAGUUAUUUGAAAGCACUAUUGAAAGAAUUGGACUGGAAAAUGUUGUAUAAAUUGUCACCGAUAAUGCCAGUGAGAAUGUUAAAGCGGGAAGAAUGAUGAUGGGUGCGUUCCACACAUUUAUUGGACUCCAUUUGCCGCUCAUUGAUCAACUUGAUAUUUGGUGAUAUAUUCAAGGUUAAGCCAUAUGCUUCUGUUUUUAAGAAGGUCAUCAAAAUCCAUUCUUACAUUAGUCAAAAGGUCAUUGUUGUUAAACUUGAUGAGAAAAUUCACCAAGGAAAGAAAUUUGGUGAAACCGACCAAUACAAGAUUUGCAGCACCCUUCUUAACUUUGAGAGCGAUGUAGUAAAUUUGCAAAUGAAACUUUUGGGAAAGAAGUUGUCAAUCUUAUUAUUUCUGUCCACUUUUGGAAUGAUGUUGUUCGAGCACUUACAAUUUGUGGCCCUUUGACAAAAGUGCUUCGGUUGGUGGAUAGGGAAAAAAACCACCAAUAGGUUAUAUUUAUGAAGCAAUGGAUAGAGCCAAAUAAGCUAUUGCACAGAGUUUUCGUGGAGUUAAUAAGGAAUAUGAGAAAGUGUUAAAAAUUAUUGAUACAAGGUGAUCAGACCAACUCAAUCGGCCUUUGCAUGCUGCGGGCCAUGUUUUGAACCCAUGAUUAUAUUAUAAAGCUCAAGAAGAGGGAACUGUACUAAAGACUCUGUGGACCGAGUAUUAUGCAUGUGUUGAGAAGUUGGUCCAUGAUACAACAAUACAAGAUUCACUAGUCGUUGAUCUUCCUAGGUACAAAUGGCGGAUGGACUAUUUGAUUGUGGUCCGGCUAAAAGAGCUAGAGAUACAAGGUCACCGGGGAUCCAGCCUGUAUCAAGCGAUAACUGCUGUUGCAAGAGUUCAAUUCAAGUUUCAAAUAUUGCAAAAAAUGUUUGCUUGAACACGCUUUCUGAUGAUGAAUUUUCUAAUGAAGAAUGUGCUGAGUUCAGAAAGAAAGUCAAAGAUGGGAUUUUAAAAAAGCUUACAGUAUGAAGCAGGCAUCUGGUAAUUUAUCAAGAAACCCUUCUGCUAUAAAUGGCGAAGAACAGCGGCAGGAGGAUUUUCAAAAAAGAAAAAGUUGCAGAAGAUUGGUGUUUUCAGUGCAAGGAUGGAGGAGAGCUCAUGAUUUGUGAUCAUGGGGGAUGUUUGAAAGCUUAUCACCCUGAAUGUGCGGGGGUAGAGGACUCAGUUUUGACAAGUGAUGAACCUUGGAUAUGUGGACGACAUGCAUGCUUAAUUUGCAAAGGAAAAUCAUAUUAUCAGUGUUAUUGUUGUGAUAGAGCUUCAUGCUGGAGCUGCAUUGGUGAGAUUGACUUUGUCCAUCUUAAAGGGAGGAAUGGAUUGUGCAAUAAUUGCCUAAAGCUCGCAUUGCUUGUGGAAGAAAACAGGAAUAUUGAUUCUGAUGGGGAAAUUGCAGACUUCAGAGAUCGGGAAACAUACGAGUGCCUUUUCAGGGAGUAUUACGAGUUAGUAAAGGAAAAAGAAGGAAUUGACAAAAAUAAACUUCUUGCUGGUAAGGCUCAACUAGACAAGGAGAAGAGAUGCCAAAUUAGCUCUUAUUCAAAUAAACGUUGUGAGAAAGAGGAUGAGCAGUUUUCUUCAGGCAAUAAAAAUUUCAAUGAUGGAGAACCUAAGAAGAAAAAGCUUAAAAUGAAAAGAUGUACACAGCAGAAAACAAAGACGCAAAGCAAAGUCAUCGGCAGCCUUGAACAAAACAAAUUAUCCUCAAUUUGGUAUUCAACUGCACCAAAAAGUCAAUUUGCAGCCUUGAUUCCUGAAAAUAUCAAACUCGUUUACCUGAGGCGGAGCUUGGUAAUGGAGUUGAUCAAGCAGCCUGAGUCAAUUAAAACCAAGAUUAUAGGAAGUUUUGUUCUGGUCAAGUUAGAUCCACAGCGUAACUCUCAUCAGCUUGUGCAAAUUACAGGAGUGUUCUCAGGGGCCAAGCUUGGAUCAAGUGAUACGUGCAACAGCGAGAGUUCAAUUCAAGUUUCAAAUGUGGCAACAGAUGUUAGCUUGACCAUGCUUUCAGAUAAUGAUAUUUUUGAGGAAGAUUGUGAUGUGCUCAGAAAAAAUGUGAAAGCUGGGCUUCAAAAGAAGCUUACAAUUGUGGAGCUUGACCAGAGGGCUAAAAUCCUUCACGAGGACAUCACAAAGCACAGGAUUGCUCGAGAGCUGAAAGUGUUGCAAGGAAAAAUUGAUCAAGCAAAUGAGAAAGGAUGGAGACAAGAGCUUACCAAGCAUCUGAAUAGAAGAUAUCUCCUACAGCAAGAUUCAUACCUGUCAUCUGUGCUGGAAAAUAUUCCUCGAGUGACUCCAGAGGAAAUAGAGCCUGUAUCUCUUGAUGGGAAUGACAAUCAGAUAGUAACCACUAUAAAGAAGAAUAUUACUGGAGUUACUCCUGAGAAAAUAGAUAGUGAACCUCUGGCUGAAAAUGAUGAUGGGAAGCUUUCUUCAGACAAUGGAGAUUUCAGUGGUGGAGGACCUCCGAAGAAGGGGGAUGAAAAGAAAACAUAUACACAGCAGAAAACAAAGAUGCAAAGAAGAGACACUUCACAGAAAAAAGAAUUUGUUGGAUGGGGAUCAAAAUCUCUAAUUGACUUUCUUCAUUUUAUAGGUCACGAUACCAGAGAAAAAUUAUCCCCAUAUGAUGUGACAUCGAUGGUAAUUAAAUAUGCAAAUGAAAAUGACCUUAUCCAUCCUAUUGAAAAGAAAAAAAUCCUUUGUGAUAUUCAGUUAGAAGCUCUUUUGGGGGGAAAAGUGGUAAACAAAGACAAAAUACUUAGCCUCCUUAUAAGCCAUUUUGUUGAAAAUGAGGAGCGAUUACAAAAGAAUGAGCUUGAUCAUGAUCUUGAAGACAAUGACACAGAAAUGUUUGUGGCUUCUAAAACUGAGAAAAAGGUUGAACAAAACAAAAGUUCCUCAAUUUGGUAUUCAACUGCAGCACAAAGUCAAUUUGCAGCCUUGAUUCCUGAAAAUAUCAAACUUGUUUACCUGAAGAGGAGUUUGGUUCUGGAGAUGAUCAAGAAGCCUGAGUCGUUUGAAACCAAGAUUAUAGGAAGUUUUGUUCGGGUCAAGUUAGAUCCACGUGAUUUUGAGCUGCGUAACUCUCAUCAGCUUGUGCAAAUUACAGCGAGUGUUUCAGGGAUCCAGCCUGUAUCAAGCGAUAACUGCUGUUGCAAGAGUUCAAUUCAAGUUUCAAAUAUCGCAAAAAAUGUUUGCUUGAACACGCUUUCUGAUGAUGAAUUUUCUAAUGAAGAAUGUGAUGAGUUCAGAAAGAAAGUCAAAGAUGGGAUUUUUAAAAAGCUUACAGUUGUGGAGCUUGAACAAAGGGCUAAAAUUCUUCAUGAGGACAUCACGAAUCAUAGGAUUGCUCGAGAGCUGAAAGUGUUGCAAGGAAAAAUUGAUCAAGCAAAUGAGAAAGGAUGGAGACAAGAACUUACCAAGCAUCUGAAUAGAAGAUAUCACCUACAGCAAGAUUCAUACCUGUCAUCUGUGCUGGAAAAUAUUCCUCGAGUGACUCCAGAGGAAAUAGAGCCUGUAUCUCUUGAUCGGAAUGACAAUCAGAUAGUAACCACUAUAAAGAAGAAUAUUACUGGAGUUACUCCUGGGAAAAUAGAUAGUGAACCUCUGGCUGAAAAUGAUGAUGGGAAGCUUUCUUCAGACAAUGGAGAUUUCAGUGGUGAAGGACCUCCAAAGAAAGGGGAUGAAAAGAAAACAUAUACACAGCAGAAAACAAAGAUGCAAAGAAGAGACACUUCACAGAAAAAAGAAUUUGUUGGAUGGGGAUCAAAAUCUCUAAUUGACUUUCUUCAGUUUAUAGGUCACGAUACCAGAGAAAAAUUAUCCCCAUAUGAUGUGACAUCGAUGGUAAUUAAAUAUGUAAAUGAAAAUGACCUUAUCCAUCCUAUUGAAAACAGAAAAAUCCUUUGUGAUAUUCAGUUAGAAGCUCUUUUUGGGGGGAAAGUGGUAAACAGAGACAUAAUACUUAGCCUCCUUAUAAGCCAUUUUGUUGAAAAUGAGGAGCGAUUACAAAAGAAUGAGCUUGAUCAUGAUCUUGAAGACAAUGACACAGAAAUGUUUGUGGCUUCUAAAACUGAGAAAAAGGUCGAACAAAACAAAAGAUCCUCAAUUUGGUAUUCAACUGCAGCACAAAGUCAAUUUGCAGCCUUGAUUCCUGAAAAUAUCAAACUUGUUUACCUGAAGAGGAGUUUGGUUCUGGAGAUGAUCAAGAAGCCUGAGUCGUUUGAAACCAAGAUUAUAGGAAGUUUUGUUCGGGUCAAGUUAGAUCCACGUGAUUUUGAGCUGCGUAACUCUCAUCAGCUUGUGCAAAUUACAGCGAGUGUUUCAGGGAUCCAGCCUGUAUCAAGCGAUAACUGCUGUUGCAAGAGUUCAAUUCAAGUUUCAAAUAUCGCAAAAAAUGUUUGCUUGAACACGCUUUCUGAUGAUGAAUUUUCUAAUGAAGAAUGUGAUGAGUUCAGAAAGAAAGUCAAAGAUGGGAUUUUUAAAAAGCUUACAGUUGUGGAGCUUGAACAAAGGGCUAAAAUUCUUCAUGAGGACAUCACGAAUCAUAGGAUUGCUCGAGAGCUGGAACUUGCGCUGCAGAAUAUUCCGAAAGUGAUUCCAGAGGAAGUAGAAUCUCUUGAUGGGGAUGACAAUCAGAUGCACGUAUGCUCAGAUGAGGCAACCCUACAAAAUAAAAUAAUCUUGGAGUGAUACCAUCAGAAAAAUAAUCAAAGAUGAGAAGGAUGGUAGUAAGAUGCACCAAUGCGCGGUUGUAAUGAUGCUAUGUGCAACUCCCUAUCUUCUCCUUUGUUUAAAUUGUUAUUGUUAAGCCUUUGCUGGAAAACUUUAGUAGAUCGUCUUUGACGGAGGGAAGAUGCUUCUAUCAGUGGCAGGUUCUACCUUGCUAUUUUGAAUUUAAUUGCGACAAAGAUUAUUCAGUUUUAGCUUUGUUAUUUAUAUUACAACCAGUUAAUGUUAUGAAAAAAACCAGGUUUACUCAUU